UUUUCUAGAAUCACGUAGGUCAAUAAUUAGGUCUUCUAUGAUUCCGUGGAUCGAUAUAUGUCAUAUGUUUACCGUCAACGAGAGCCGAGUUGACGUGUAGAAAAAAAUCGUUCUUCGCUCUUCUCCUCUGAUACAUUGAAGAUAGCAAUGGCUGCCGGAACUUUAUAUACCUAUCCCGAUAAUUUUCGUUCUGCCAAAGCUCUAAUAGCAGCACAAUAUGCAAAGGCAAACGUCAAAGUAGAACCGAACUUCAUUUUAGGAGAAACCAAUAAAUCUAAAGACUUUUUGAAGAAGUUUCCAUCUGGAAAAGUACCUGCUUUCGAAUCGAAAGACGGAUUAUGUCUGCAAGAAAGCAACUCAAUUGCUUACUAUGUUGCAAAUGAACAACUCAGAGGUAAAUCUGAUGCCCAGAGGGCUGAAAUUUUGCAAUGGAUGGGAUUCGCAGAGUCAGAAGUUUUGCCAUCUUCCUGUGCAUGGAUUUUUCCUAUCCUAGGAAUAAUCAAACCUGCUGCAAAUACACCUGAGGUUACACAAGCUCUCCAAAGAGCCAAAGAAGAUUUAAAGCAAGCCCUUGUUAUCCUCAACAAUCAUUUGUUGAGCCGCACCUAUCUGGUAGGUGAACGUAUCACUCUCGCUGACAUUGUUGUGUUCUGCAAUCUUCUCUAUGCCUACAAAUACGCCAUGGACCCUGAAUACAGGAAACCUUUCAUCAAUCUCAACCGAUGGUUUGAAACCUUGGCAAAUCAACCUGAAUUCAAGGCCGUCAUUGGCGAGACUGAAUUAUGCUCUAAACCAGCACAGGUCACUUCUUGUCAAGCUGCUGGUGGAGACUGUAAGAAGAAGAACAAGCAACAGCAACCAGCCAAGAAAGAAGAAAAGAAGGAGGAAGAGGAAAAAGAUGCAGCAGAUGAAAUUUUAGCUGCUGAGCCUGCUAGCAAAAACCCGUUUGAUUCAAUGCCAAAAGGAACCUUUGUAAUGGACGAUUUCAAAAAAUCCUACUCCAACGAGGACGAGUCUGUGUCCAUCCCUUACUUCUGGGACAAAUUCGAUCCAGAAAAUUAUUCUAUCUGGUUCUGCGAAUACAAAUACCCAGAGGAACUUUCAAAGGUCUUCAUGAGCUGCAACCUCAUUACGGGCAUGUUCCAACGUUUAGACAAAAUGCGUAAGGCAGCAUUUUCAUCCAUGUGUCUUUUUGGAGAGGACAACAACAGUUCCAUUUCGGGAGUUUGGGUGUGGAGAGGCCAAGAUCUUGCAUUCCCGCUUUGCCCUGAUUGGCAAAUAGAUUAUGAGAGUUAUGACUGGAAAAAACUUGACCCUAAAGAUUCUGCAACUAAAGAAUUAGUUAAGCAAUACUUCUCAUGGACAGGUACAGAUAAAUCAGGCAGGAAGUUCAACCAAGGAAAAAUCUUCAAAUAAGCAAUUCCAUUCACAAUGAAGCUUUUACAAACUCACUUAGGAGAUUAAAUCGAAAGUGUUUUUUUAUACAACUGUUUUGUUUGAAUGUUCCAAUUGUCCUGAUUAUGUCAGUUCCAAUAAUAAUAUCCAUGUAAAAUU